AUGUACUCUAGAACCGUGAGAGUGACGCCGCUUGCCCGUUUUGCCAGAAGCAGAAACCUUGCCCGGGUCCGUUUUGCCUCAGGUCGCCCUUCGCCUCCUUCUCCCUCCCAGGGAAAGAUUCUCGCUGCAUUGGGUCUUUUGGCUAUAGGUACUACCAUUGUUGCUCUGGUGUACAACAAGAGCCACCCAAUGCCUAUGGUGGAGCCAGCUAAGAACCCGGCUGCUUUCAAUAAGGAAGCUGCCCUGGGCAAGCCAUUGAAAAAGCCCACGUUCUCUCCGGACGAGGUGACCGUGGUGUUCGUUUUGGGUGGUCCUGGUUCUGGAAAAGGCACCCAAUGUGCUAAGCUUGUGGCAGAGAAGGGCUUUGUUCAUUUGUCUGCUGGUGACUUGUUGCGUGCUGAACAAAAGCGUGAAGGCUCCAAGUACGGUGGAUUGAUUGCAGAGUGUAUUCGGGAAGGUACCAUUGUGCCACAAGAAGUCACCGUGGCGUUGCUCGAACAAGCAAUCACAGAAGAACACAAGAAGGGCAACUCUCGUUUCCUUGUGGAUGGAUUCCCACGGAAGAUGGACCAGGCGCUUGUCUUUGAGGAGCAAAUUGUGCCUUCAGCAUUCACUCUCUUUUUCGAAUGUCCAGAGCAAGUGAUGCUUGACCGCUUGUUGCAACGUGGAAAGACAAGUGGUCGGACUGACGACAAUAUCGAUAGCAUUCGGAAGCGCUUCCGUACCUUUGUUGAUACGUCGAUGCCUGUGGUUGAUUACUUCGACAAGAAGGGGAAAGUUGUCAAACUUAGCUGUGACCAGCCCAUUGAUUCUGUCUAUGGGGAAGUCAAGGCUGCUUUAGAGAAGAAAGGCGUGGUAUAG